AGGGGACCGGACUGGAGGCCCAGGUGUCCGAAGGUCUGCCUGGAGGGGCCCGAGUAGACCACUGAGUGUGGUUUUUGGAAACGAAGGGCACCGCACAAACACUCAUUCUGUGACCUUGAGUAAAUCCUUUCACCUCCCAGGACUUCAAGAGCUGUGAAAGGAGGAUCAGGGUAGUCGAUUUCUCCCAACUCGGAUAGCUGGCCGCUGUCUGAAAAAACGAGUGGUGGUAGAGGCUGCUCCAGGGAGCAUGGCGGCUAGGUGGAGAGGGGGCGGGGUGCAGUAGCGGAGAGGCGUGGUCUUAGAGUAGAAACUGACCGGAGUGGCGAUGGGGCUGGGUAAGAACCGGUGCCAAACCUGCCCUCGGCCUGACAACUGACAUAGACGGCUUGGCUGGGGAAGGAACAGAUGAGGGUGGGCGGUGGCGAGCAGAACUCAAGAAUUGCAGUUCAGAACUGCUAAAGGUUGCAGCCUUGUAAAUGUAUCGCAGUAGAGCUGGCUGGUGAGGAACUGGCUGGGAGGGUGUGGCCUCAAGAUCAGCGAGGGCUGGAGCAAAAAAUAGUCACUGCUCUGCGGGUUAAUUCGAGGCGGGGAGUUGAGAAGAGGAUACUGUACGCAGAGAACGCAGCCUGGGACAGAAGCCGGGCACGUCCAGCGUUUCAGGGGAGAGUAGAGGAGGACAAUCUAAGUAGGGAGGAUGAGGAGCAUCCAGAUGGGGUUAGGAUGUGCUGUCACAGAAGCCACUGGAGAAGUGUUUCCAGCAGGAGGACCUGGCAGCCAACUGAGAGGUCAGGAAGAUUGGGGCCAACGGGUGACCCAGGAAGUUGACUCCAAGAAGGUGAUACAUGGCCUUGGCCACAAGCUGUUUCGCUGGGGUGAUGGAGAUAAGGCCACACUGGAGUAGGUUGGAAGAGAGUGGAUGGUGGCCUUGCCCCUGUCUGUCCUGCCUCCAGGCCCCCUCCGCAUUGUGGCCCUGGUUGUCACCGUGGGCCUUACCUGGAUCGUGGUCAGCAUCCUCCUGGGUGGGCCUGGCAGUGGCUUUCCUCGCAUCCAGCAACUCUUCACCAGCCCAGAGAACUCAGUGACCACAGAGCCACGAGCCAGGAAGUACAAAUGCGGCCUGCCCCAGCCGUGUCCUGAGGAGCACCUGGCCUUCCGCAUGGUCAGCGGGGCUGCCAAUGUCAUCGGACCAAAGAUCUGCCUCGAAGAUAAAAUGCUCAUGAGCAGUGUCAAGGACAACGUGGGCCGUGGACUGAACAUCGCCCUGGUGAAUGAUGUCAACGACCUGCUGAAGUUUAUUCGGCCACUGCAUGAAGGCACCUUGGUAUUUGUGGCAUCCUACGACGACCCAGCCACCAAGAUGAAUGAAGAGACCAGGAAGCUUUUCAGCGAUCUGGGCAGCAAGAACGUGAAGGAUCUGGCCUUUCGGGACAGCUGGGUGUUUGUGGGGGCCAAGGGCGUGCAGAACAAGAGCCCCUUUGAGCAGCACGUGAAGAACAGUAAGCACACGAAUAAGUACGAAGGCUGGCCUGAGGCGCUGGAGAUGGAAGGCUGCAUCCCGAGGAGGACCACGGCCAGCUAGCUGGCCGAGCGCAAGGACCAGGCUGAGGGAGGCUGCGUGUGCCUGGCCGGGAGAAGGCAGUGGUGGUGCCAGGGCAGGGCUGAGGCCUGACCCCGCGCCCAGCCGGGAACGCUCUUGCCCCAACACGUCGGGGCUCCAAAGCAGUGACCGGGGCCCAAGUGUGACUGGUGGGGGGGGCUGCAGGGGCCAGCCGCGGCUCACUUGGACAGGGGAAGUCAGGUACCCAUCUCCUUUUUCUAAAGCUGCCUCCCCUGGGGAGCCCCAACCUGAUCCCCAAGCACCUGCAGCUACAAGGGCCCCGGGGUGUGCCCGCCCCCUCACCGCACAAAUGUGGUAGCAGCCCUGCAGGGGCUGGGCAUCUUCCAGAAUCUCUCCACCCCAGAGCCACUUGCUGCUCUUUGGGCUAAUCCUCUUUCCAGCAUGAGUCCUUCCGAUGAGCCACACCUGGUGGCCGCUUCAGGACGCUGGCCGCCUCCUGCCUUGCUCUCUGCAGGAAGGGGCCUCCUUGGAGCCAGGCUGGCAGGGGCGCUAAAGGGGCACCUGAUCACCAUCCUUAGCGCAGCAGAUGGCUCCUGCAGUUUGUCAGGGGGCCCACCUUCUAGAUGACCUCUUAAUAAAUUAGUGGCCCCCAAUCGAA